AGAGCCAGAGGACGAGCCCUCACUGCUUCUGUUGACCCAGGUAGCCCAGAGGCCCGCAGAGAUGCGGAGCCAGGCUCUCUCCUUGCUGCUUUUGCUGUCCCUGCUGCCCCCGAGCCCUCUGCGGGGAGAUCAGGUGGGUCCCUGCCGUGCUUUGGGCUCCUCAACCUCAGGGACCACCUGCACCCCAGUAGGGUGGCUCUGCCCGGCCUCGGGUUCCAACCUCUGGCUCUAUACCAGCCGCUGCAAGGAGACGGGCAUAGAGCUGACGGGCCACCUGGUACCCCACCACGAUGGUCUGCGGGUCUGGUGUCCAGAAUCGGGAGCUCACAUACCCCUACCACCAGCCCCCGAUGGCUGUCCCUGGAGCUGCCGCCUGCUGGGCAUCGGGGGCCAGCUUUCCCCACAAGGCCAGCUUAUGUUGCCCCAUGAACACCCCUGCCUGAAGGCCCCGCAGCUGCGAUGCCAGUCCUGCAAGCUGGGACAGACUCCCGGGCUUCUCCAGGCAGCAGCAGCAGCAGCAGGGAGCCCCGAAGAAUCCCCUGGAGGGCGUCGGAAAAGGAAUGUAAAUACAGCCCCCCAGUUUCAGCCUCCCAGCUACCAGGCCACCGUGCCCGAAAACCAGCCUGCUGGCACCCCUGUAGCCUCCCUGAGGGCCAUCGAUCCAGAUGAAGGCGAGGCAGGCCGCCUGGAGUACACCAUGGAUGCCCUCUUCGACAGCCGCUCCAACCACUUCUUCUCCUUGGACCCAGUCACCGGUGCUGUGAGCACUGCAGAGGAGCUGGACCGAGAAACCAAGAGCACCCACGUCUUCAGGGUGACAGCCCAGGAUCAUGGGCUGCCCCGACGCAGUGCCCUGGCCACUCUGACCAUCCUGGUGACAGACACCAACGACCAUGACCCUGUAUUCGAGCAGCAGGAGUACAAGGAGAGCCUCCGAGAGAACCUGGAGGUGGGCUACGAGGUGCUGACUGUGCGUGCCACGGAUGGGGACGCGCCCCCCAAUGCCAACAUCCUAUACCGCCUUCUAGAGAGGCCCGGACGUGGCUCUUCUGAGGUCUUUGAGAUAGAUCCUCGCUCGGGGGUGAUCCGCACCCGUGGGCCUGUGGACAGGGAAGAGGUGGAAUCCUACCAGCUGACUGUGGAGGCCAGUGACCAGGGUCGGGACCCAGGGCCACGGAGUGCCACGGCCGCCGUCUUCCUCUCCGUGGAGGAUGAUAACGACAAUGCCCCCCAGUUCAGCGAGAAGCGCUACGUGGUCCAGGUCCGAGAGGAUGUGACCCCUGGGGCCCCCAUCCUUCGAGUCACCGCCUCAGAUCGGGACAAGGGCAGCAAUGCCUUGGUUCACUAUAGCAUCAUGAGCGGCAAUGCACGGGGCCAGUUUUACCUAGAUGCCCAGACUGGGGCCCUAGAUGUGGUGAGCCCCCUGGACUACGAGACCACCAAGGAAUACACUCUACGCAUCCGGGCACAAGAUGGUGGCCGCCCUCCGCUUUCCAACGUGUCUGGCCUUGUCACCGUGCAGGUCCUGGACAUCAAUGACAAUGCCCCCAUCUUUGUCAGCACUCCUUUCCAGGCCACGGUGCUGGAGAGUGUCCCCCUGGGCUACCAGGUUCUCCAUGUGCAGGCCAUCGACGCUGAUGCUGGCGACAACGCCCACCUGGAGUACCGCCUGGCUGGCGUGGGGCCUGGCUUCCCCUUCACCAUCAACAAUGGCACUGGUUGGAUCUCGGUGGCCGCCGAGCUGGACCGGGAGGAAGUAGACUUCUACAGUUUUGGGGUGGAGGCCCGAGACCAUGGUGUGCCGGCGCUCACAGCUUCAGCCAGCGUCAGUGUGACCAUUUUGGAUGUGAACGACAACAACCCGGCCUUCACGCAACCUGAAUAUGCGGUGCGGCUGAACGAAGAUGCGGCGGUGGGCACCAGCGUGGUGACUGUCUCUGCCGUGGACCGGGAUGCCCACAGUGUCAUCACCUACCAAAUCGCCAGUGGCAACACCCGCAACCGCUUCUCCAUCACCAGCCAGAGUGGUGGUGGGUUGGUGUCGCUGGCGCUGCCCUUGGACUAUAAGCUGGAGCGACAGUAUGUGUUGACUGUCACCGCCUCUGAUGGCACACGCCAGGACACGGCCCAGGUCGUGGUGAAUGUCACCGAUGCCAACACCCACCGCCCCGUCUUUCAGAGCUCCCACUACACUGUGAAUGUGAACGAGGACCGGCCGGCGGGCACCACGGUGGUGCUCAUCAGUGCCACGGACGAGGACACGGGUGAGAAUGCCCGCAUCACGUACUUCAUGGAGGACAGCAUCCCCCAGUUCCGCAUCGAUGCAGACACAGGAGCUGUUACCACCCAGGCAGAGCUGGACUACGAGGACCAGGUGUCUUACACUCUCGCCAUCACCGCCCGGGACAACGGUAUCCCCCAGAAAUCCGACACCACUUACCUGGAGAUCCUAGUGAACGAUGUGAAUGAUAAUGCACCCCAGUUCUUGCGGGACUCCUACCAGGGCAGCGUGUACGAGGAUGUCCCCCCGUUCACCAGUGUCCUGCAGAUCUCUGCCACCGACCGGGACUCAGGCCUCAACGGCCGGGUCUUCUAUACCUUCCAGGGAGGUGAUGACGGGGACGGGGACUUCAUUGUGGAGUCCACGUCUGGCAUCGUGCGGACGCUUCGUAGGCUAGAUCGGGAGAACGUGGCGCAGUAUGUUCUGCGGGCUUAUGCUGUGGACAAGGGCAUGCCCCCUGCACGCACUCCCGUGGAUGUGGCCGUCGCCGUGCUGGACGUAAACGACAACCCACCUGUCUUCGAGCAGGACGAGUUUGAUGUCUUUGUGGAAGAGAACAGUCCCAUUGGGCUGGCAGUAGCCCGGGUCACUGCCACCGACCCGGACGAGGGCACCAACGCGCAGAUCAUGUACCAGAUUGUGGAGGGCAACAUCCCCGAGGUCUUCCAGCUGGACAUCUUCUCGGGGGAGCUGACCGCCCUGGUGGAUCUGGACUACGAGGACCGGCCCGAGUACGUUCUGGUGGUUCAGGCCACGUCGGCACCUCUGGUGAGCCGUGCCACCGUCCAUGUCCGCCUGCUGGACCGUAAUGAUAACCCUCCUGCCCUGGGCAACUUUGAGAUCCUCUUCAACAACUAUAUCACCAACCGCUCCAGCAGUUUUCCCAGCGGCUCCAUAGGCCGCGUGCCUGCCCAUGACCCCGAUGUCUCCGACAGCCUCACCUACAGCUUUGAGCGGGGCAACGAGCUGAGCUUGGUUCUGCUCAAUGCCUCCACGGGCGAGCUGCGGCUGAGCCGGGCCCUGGACAACAACCGGCCGCUGGAGGCCAUUAUGAGCGUGCUGGUGUCCGACGGUGUGCACAGCGUGACGGCCCAGUGUGCCCUUCGGGUCACCAUCAUCACGGAUGAAAUGCUUACACACAGCAUCACUCUGCGCCUGGAAGACAUGUCACCUGAGCGCUUCCUGUCACCACUCCUGGGCCUCUUCAUCCAGGCGGUGGCAGCCACACUGGCCACACCACCGGACCAUGUGGUGGUCUUCAACGUGCAGAGGGACACGGACGCGCCGGGUGGCCACAUCCUCAACGUGAGCCUGUCAGUGGGCCAGCCACCGGGGCCUGGGGGUGGUCCCCCCUUCCUGCCCUCCGAGGACCUGCAGGAGCGCCUCUACCUCAAUCGCAGCCUGCUGACAGCCAUCUCGGCCCAGCGUGUGCUGCCCUUCGAUGACAACAUCUGCCUGCGUGAGCCCUGUGAGAACUACAUGCGUUGCGUGUCCGUGCUGCGCUUCGACUCCUCUGCACCCUUCAUCGCCUCCUCCUCGGUGCUCUUCCGACCCAUCCAUCCCGUGGGUGGGCUGCGCUGCCGCUGCCCGGCUGGUUUCACGGGUGACUACUGCGAGACUGAGGUGGACCUCUGCUACUCCCGGCCCUGUGGCCCCCACGGCCGCUGUCGCAGCCGGGAAGGCGGCUACACCUGUCUCUGCCGUGACGGCUACACGGGCGAGCACUGUGAGGUGAGCGCCCGUUCCGGCCGCUGCACCCCAGGAGUCUGCAAGAAUGGGGGCACCUGUGUCAACCUGCUGGUGGGGGGCUUCAAGUGCGCCUGCCCAUCAGGAGACUUCGAGAAGCCCUACUGCCAGGUGACCACACGCAGCUUCCCUGCCCGUUCCUUUGUCACCUUCCGAGGCCUGCGCCAGCGCUUCCACUUCACCCUGGCUCUUACGUUUGCCACCAAGGCUCGGGACGGACUGCUACUAUACAAUGGACGUUUCAACGAAAAGCAUGACUUCAUGGCACUGGAGGUGAUCAAGGAACAAGUCCAGCUCACCUUCUCUGCAGGGGAAUCAACCACCACUGUGUCCCCAUUCGUGCCCGGAGGGGUCAGUGACGGCCAGUGGCACACAGUGCAGCUCAAGUACUACAAUAAGCCCCUGUUGGGCCAGACGGGACUCCCGCAGGGUCCAUCAGAGCAGAAGGUAGCCGUGGUGACCGUGGAUGGCUGUGACUCAGGAGUGGCCCUGCGCUUCGGAGCCGUGCUGGGCAACUACUCCUGCGCUGCCCAAGGCACCCAGAGUGGCAGCAAGAAGUCUCUGGACCUUACCGGGCCCUUGCUGCUGGGCGGGGUCCCAGACCUGCCCGAGAGCUUCCCGGUGCGCACACGGCACUUUGUUGGGUGCAUGAGAAACCUUCAGGUGGACAGCCGGCAUGUGGACAUGGCCGACUUCAUCGCCAACAACGGCACAGAGCCAGGCUGUCCUGCCAAGAAGAAUGUCUGCGACAGCAACUCCUGCCACAACGGAGGCACCUGUGUGAACCAGUGGGAUGCUUUCAGCUGCCAGUGCCCCCUGGGCUUCGGGGGCAAGAGCUGUGGCCAGGAAAUGGCCAACCCGCAGCGCUUCCUGGGCAGCAGCCUGGUGGCCUGGUAUGGGCUCUCCCUGCCCAUCUCCCAGCCCUGGCACCUGGGCCUCAUGUUCCGCACUCGCCAACCCAGCGGUGUCCUGCUGCAGGCCGUCACCAGGGGGCGCAGCACCAUCACGCUGCAGCUGCGGGAAGGCCAUGUGGUGCUGAGUGUGGAGGGCACCGGGCUCCAGGCCUCAUCUCUCCGUCUCGAAGCUGGUCGAGCCAAUGACGGUGACUGGCACCAUGCACAGCUGGCCCUGGGUGCCAGUGGGGGCCCGGGUCACGCCAUCCUGUCCUUGGACUACGGGCAGCAGCGGGUCGAGGGCAACCUGGGGCCUCGGCUGCAUGGCCUACAUCUGAGCAACAUCACUGUGGGCGGCACUCAGGGGGCGGCUGGUGGGGUGGUCCGUGGCUUCAGGGGCUGCUUGCAGGGUGUAAGGGUCAGUGAGACCUCCGAGGGUGUCAGCAGCCUGGAUCUUGGCCGCGCGGAAAGCAUCAAUGUGGAGCCUGGCUGCAACCUGCCAGACCCUUGUGACUCGAGCCCAUGCCCUGCCAACAGCUUCUGCAGUGACGACUGGGACAGUUACUCCUGCAGCUGUGACCCAGGUUACUACGGUGACAAUUGUACUAAUGUGUGUGACCUGAAUCCCUGCGAGCACCAGUCCAUAUGCAUCCGGAAGGCCAGUGCCCUGCAUGGCUACUCCUGCGGCUGUCCCCCAAAUUAUCUGGGGCCCUACUGUGAAACCAGGAUUGAUCAGCCUUGCCCCCGAGGCUGGUGGGGACACCCCACCUGUGGUCCAUGCAACUGUGAUGCUAGCAAAGGCUUUGACCCCGAUUGCAACAAGACCAGCGGCGAGUGUCACUGCAAGGAGAACCACUACCGCCCCUCUGGCAGUGCCAGCUGCCUCCUGUGUGACUGCUACCCUACGGGCUCUCUGUCCCGAGUCUGUGACCCUGAAGAUGGCCAGUGUCCCUGCAAGCCAGGAGUCAUCGGGCGCCAGUGUGACCGCUGUGACAACCCAUUUGCUGAGGUUACCACCAAUGGCUGUGAAGUGAACUAUGACAGCUGUCCCAGGGCCAUCGAGGCCGGAAUCUGGUGGCCCCGAACCCGCUUCGGGCUGCCCGCUGUUGCUCCCUGCCCCAAAGGCUCCUUCGGAACGGCUGUGCGCCACUGUGAUGAGCACAGGGGGUGGCUACCCCCCAACCUCUUCAACUGUACCUCUAUCACCUUCUCAGAGCUGAAGGGUUUUGCUGAGCGGCUGCAGAGGAACGAGUCAGGCCUCGACUCGGGGCGCUCCCAGCAGCUAGCCCUUCUCCUGCGCAACGCCACGCAGCACACGGCUGGCUACUUCGGCAGCGACGUGAAGGUGGCCUAUCAGCUGGCCACACGGCUGCUGGCCCACGAGAGUGAGCAGCGGGGCUUUGGGCUGUCGGCCACGCAGGACGUGCACUUCACAGAGAAUCUGCUGCGAGUGGGCAGUGCCCUCCUGGACGCGGCCAACAGGCGGCACUGGGAGCUGAUCCAGCAGACAGAGGGUGGCACUGCCUGGCUGCUGCGGCAUUACGAGGCCUAUGCCAGUGCCCUGGCCCAGAACAUGCGCCACACCUACCUGAGUCCCUUCACGAUCAUCACCCCCAACAUCGUCAUCUCUGUGGUGCGCUUGGACAAAGGGAACUUUGCAGGGGCCAAGUUGCCUCACUACGAGGCUCUACGGGGUGAGCGACCCCCAGAUCUAGAGACAACUGUCAUUCUCCCGGAGUCUGUCUUCAGAGAAACACUGCCCUUGGUGAGGCCUGCGGGCCCAGGAGAGGCCCCGGAGGCAGAGGAACUGGCACGGCGACAGCGGCGACAUCCAGAGCUGAGCCAGGGGGAGGCCGUGGCUAGCGUCCUCAUCUACCGCACGCUGGCCGGGCUGCUACCUCAUAACUAUGACCCGGACAAGAGGAGUCUGAGAGUCCCCAAGCGCCCCGUCAUCAACACGCCUGUGGUGAGCAUCAGCAUUCACGACGAUGAGGAACUGCUGCCCCGUGCUCUGGACAAGCCAGUGACCGUGCAAUUCCGGCUGCUGGAGACGGAGGAGCGUACCAAGCCCAUCUGUGUCUUCUGGAAUCAUUCCAUUUUGGUCAGUGGCACCGGUGGCUGGUCGGCCCGUGGCUGUGAGGUUGUUUUCCGCAACGAGAGCCAUGUUAGCUGCCAGUGCAACCACAUGACGAGCUUCGCUGUGCUCAUGGAUGUGUCCCGGAGGGAGAAUGGGGAGAUCCUGCCACUGAAGACACUGACCUACGUGGCCCUUGGGGUCACUUUGGCCGCCUUGCUGCUCACCUUUCUCUUCCUCUCCCUGCUGCGGGCUCUGCGCUCCAACCAGCACGGCAUCCGCCGCAACCUGACUGCUGCCCUGGGCUUGGCUCAGCUGGUUUUCCUGUUGGGCAUCAAUCAGGCCGACCUCCCUUUUGCCUGCACAGUUAUCGCCAUCCUGCUGCAUUUCCUGUACUUGUGUACCUUCUCCUGGGCGCUGCUGGAAGCCUUACACCUGUACCGUGCCCUCACCGAGGUGCGAGAUGUCAACGCUGGCCCCAUGCGGUUUUAUUACAUGCUGGGCUGGGGUGUGCCGGCCUUCAUCACAGGUCUUGCAGUGGGCCUGGACCCUGAGGGCUAUGGUAACCCCGACUUCUGCUGGCUCUCCAUCUAUGACACCCUCAUCUGGAGCUUCGCCGGACCUGUGGCCUUUGCUGUCUCAAUGAGUGUCUUUCUGUACAUCCUGGCGGCCAGGGCCUCCUGCGCGGCUCAGCGGCAGGGCUUCGAGAAGAAAGGCCCUGUCUCAGGUGUGCGGCCCUCCUUUGCCGUCCUGCUGCUGCUGAGCGCUGCCUGGUUGCUGGCACUGCUCUCCGUUAAUAGCGACACCCUCCUCUUCCACUACCUCUUUGCCGCCUGCAACUGCAUUCAGGGCCCCUUCAUCUUCCUCUCCUACGUGGUGCUAAGCAAGGAGGUCCGGAAGGCGCUCAAGUUCGCCUGCAGCCGCAAGCCCAGCCCUGACCCUGCUCUGACCACCAAGUCCACGCUGACCUCGUCCUAUAACUGCCCCAGUCCCUAUGCCGAUGGGCGGCUCUACCAGCCUUAUGGAGACUCAGCCGGAUCCCUGCACAGCGCCAGCCGCUCGGGCAAGAGUCAACCCAGCUACAUCCCCUUCCUGUUGAGGGAGGAGUCCACACUGACCCCUGGACAGGCUCCCCCUGGCCUGGCAGAUCCAGGGGGCCUCUUUCUGGAGGGACAGGAACAGCAGCAUGACCCCGACACUGACUCUGACAGUGAUCUGUCUUUGGACGAUGACCAGAGUGGGUCAUACGCCUCCACGCACUCCUCGGACAGCGAAGAGGAAGAAGAGGGUGUUGCCUUCCCUGGAGAGCCGGGCUGGGACAGCCUGCUAGGGCCAGGGGCCGAGAGACUAGGCCUGUCUUGCACAACUAAGGGUGCGUUGUUGGCUGUGGCAGGAGACAGGGAGUUGGAACAGGGCUGGCUUGUGCCUUCCCACGUUCCUCAUCCCUGCCUUGCUCCCCCAGAUGGGGGCCUUGGCUCUGCCAAAGUCCCCUGGCCAGGAGACUUUGGGACUGCAGUGAAGGACAGUGGAGGUGGCAGGGGUCCUGAGGAACGGCUGCGGGAGAAUGGAGACGUGCUGCCUCGGGAGGGUUCUCUGGGACCCCUGCCCGGCCCUGCUGCUCAGCCACACAAAGGCAUCCUCAAGAAGAAGUGUCUGCCCACAGCUGGUGAGAAGAAUAGCCUCCUGCGGCUGCCAGUGGAGCAGGCCACAGCGUCUUCCCGGGGUUCCUCAGCCAGCGAGGGCAGCCGUGCCAUGCUCCCACCCCGACCUCCACCCCGCCAGAGCCUCCAGGAGCAGCUCAACGGGGUCAUGCCCAUUGCCAUGAGCAUCAAGGCAGGCACCGUGGAUGAGGACUCCUCCGGUUCCGAAUUUCUCUUCUUUAACUUCCUGCAUUAACCCCGGGCUGCGGUCCCUCCAUCCCGAGGCGCCGCACACCCUCCGCUGCACUCACGCCUGCUUCUGUCUUGUGCUUUAUCCUGCUGCCCCUGCUCUUGUGCCACUGUGCUGCCCACAGUCAACACAGCGCUGAAACGCCCAUCUGAGGAGCCCGGGCCUUGCCGGGAGGGGGUACCCUCCCCUCAAGGCCGCCUAGUGCCAAUUCCUUCUCCCCACACCAUCCCCUCACUGCACUUUGGACCCCUGGGGGCCAACAUCUCCAAGACAAAGUUUUUCAGAAAAAGAGGAAAAAACUAAAAAAAAAAAAAAUAAGCUCUCCACUCGUCAUGACUUCAGGGAUUGAUUGUUUUUCUUUUUAUACGCUGGAAACUGACUCCCCUUUCCCUCCCCAAAGACGAUAGGACCUUCCUGGAUGCUCCCCAGCCUCUCCUCAGUUUCCCAUCUGCUGUGCCUCUGGGAGGAGAGGGGCUUGGGGUGGGGCCCUGCCUCUCUGAUGCCAUCACCAAAAGGAAAGGACCAAGCCACAUGCGCCCAGGGCAGGGCGCCCUGCAGGCUGCUCCCGGGGCAGGUGGGCUGGCAUGCCUCCUCUCGGGCCUGCACCCCCUGGCCGCCCCCCAGCCUCCCAGGAACUGGAAAAGCCCCGUCUGAAAGGGGCCCAGAAGGACUCAGCGCCCCUGGACCCCCAAAUGCUGCAUGAACACAAUGUGAGGGGAACCCACGCCCUGGAGCACCGCCAAGGCCCCCAACCCUCUUCUUUCCCUGGACUAUGGCUGCCCGCUGCUGCCCAGGCAUUUGCUGUUUGCUGACCCCCAAAGUGCUUCCUGGGGCUGCCGGGAAGCCCUGCCCGUGUUCUGUUGUGCUUCUUUGCAGGGGGUGGGAGGGGAGGGGAGGAACGGGGAAAGUGGUCUCAAGCACAGGUUUUGAGUCUGGAUUCUGGUGUACACCUCCCGCCUUGCCCAACCCGAAGAUCAGACCAUCCCCUUCCCCUUCCCCAUUUUGUCUGACCUGCUGUGGCCUCUGAGAUGUGUUCUAUUUUUAACCCCUUCAUGGAAUUGGCUCUCUUCUUCAAAGGAUCAGUCCUGUUCCUUUGUCCGUACCCCCAGCCCUCCCCACUCCCUGCGAAGAGAGAGUUAAUAUAUUUUUUUAUUUAUUUGCUUUUUUUGUGUUGUCUGGGAGGAGUUCCUGUCCAGGUCUGGGGGGGGGGGGUCUGAUGAGGCAAGUGACAGGCCUGGCUUGUCUCCAAUAUCCUAAAGUGGGGCUCAUCCCUCCUCCCUAGGCUCUGCCCUUUAUCUCCAGGCUGUCAUCUCCUGUCUUUUCUCCCCCCUCCAGAUUUUGCCACUUGCUCCUCACAGGAGCCCCCAUACCCUUUGAUGCUGAGCAUGUGUCCACCAACCUCACCACCACCUCCCCUCUGAAACCAGGGGCUAGAAUAGGAGGCUCUGGGCAGAAAAGUUCCUCCUCCUCCCUUAUAAAGCUCAUCUCCCCUUGCCCUUUCCCUUCAGCAAUUCCUGUAAAGGGUUAAAAUUUAACUGGUUUUUACUACUGAUAACUUAAGAAAUACAAAGAUGCUGGAUGCUAACUUGAUACUAACCAUCGAAUUGUACAGUGUGAUUGUUACUGUAAAUACGGUAUGU